UAGAGCGCUGGGCUAAAGGUGGAGCUUUAAAAGGGCUUUUCUGCGCUUCUGGGCUUUCUUUGCCGGAGAGACGCAAAUCGAGAUCGAGACGAAGCCGAACUCAGUAGCAGGAUGAAGACUGCCGCCUGUGUUGGGCUGAUCUUACUGUCCGUGCAUCUGGGCAGCUCCUUACUGAUUGGCGCUUUUAACGUCCAAACGUUUGGCAACAAAAAAGCAUCCAAUGCCACACUGCUGGACAUUAUCAGCACAGUCGUGCGUCGGUACGACAUUGUCCUCAUCCAGGAGGUCAGAGACAGCGACCUGUCCGCAACUACCAGGCUGAUGCAGCGGGUGAACAGGGGGUCCUCUCCGUACACGUAUGGGCAUAUCGUGAGUGAACCGCUGGGCAGGACCACCUACAAAGAGCGAUAUCUGUUCAUCUACAGGCACGAGACGGUGUCAGUAGUUAAGAACUUCACCUAUGACGAUGGAUGUGAACCAUGCGGAACAGACACAUUCAUGCGAGAGCCGUUUGUGGUGAUGUUCUCUUCUAAUUUCUCAGCUGUGCAGAACUUCGUCCUCAUCCCUCAGCACACGUCACCGGACUUCGCAGUGAAGGAGGUGGACGCGCUGCACGAUGUGGUGGUCUACACCAGGCAGCUCUGGAGCACCAAUGAUAUUCUGCUGCUGGGGGACUUCAACGCUGGCUGCAGCUACAUUAAUGCCAAGGACUGGCCAAGCAUCCGACUGUUCUCCGAUCAGUCGUACCACUGGUUAAUCCCCAACACCGCGGACACGACCGUCAGGCACACAACCUGCCCCUACGACAGGAUUGUAUCCACUGAAGACAUGAUGAGAGGCGUCAUUCCCGACACAGCACAUGUCUACGACUUCAUGGCCCACCUGGGACUCAGCCACAGCUGGGCUCUGGCGGUCAGUGAUCACUUCCCCGUUGAGAUCCAGCUCAUAUAAGCUGCUUCGUCAGUGCACGAGGAGUCAGAGAUCCUGACUGUUGUAAGCCUUAAUGUAGUGUACAUGUCCAGAAAUACUGCGUAAGUCAAGCAAAUUAGAAUAGCUGCUAUUUCUCUCGUCCACUGAGUGACGACCAAUGAGCUAAAUAUCUGAUUUAUAUCAAAUAUCAAAUCGUUUAAAAUUUCCAGCUUUAGCUAAAGCAUUAUUUUUUCCAUCCCACACUUACAUCAUUUGCUUAUUCUAAUUUUCAGUAGGACUGAAUUCGGUUCCACCGCCUUUUCAAUAAAUGCUGUAAGGCUUGGGAUGAUGGGGGAAGACAGCAGUACGGAUGUCAUUGUUUUAGGUCAAUAAUAUAUCCAUAAAUGUAAAUAUAUGAGAGCACAACCAAAAUUUUGAAAUGUUUCAAGAUAGACCUGUCUUUGUAUGUGCUCUCUCUGAAGCACAUGCACUCUUACAAAAGGUGGUUCUUCAAGGGUUCUUUAGUGAAAAAAAUUCACUGCAUUGUUAAAGGGUUCUUCAGACUGAUAGAGAAUGUGCUGUAGAUGGUUCUACUUAGAAUCGUUUUGAAAAUGGUUCUAUAUAGUCAAGCUCUUAACAAUAGAAGACCCCUUUUGGGGUCUAUAUAGAACCGUCAAUAGCACAUUUCCGCAUUUUCCAUCAAUCCGAAGGGCCCUUUCAUGAUGCAAAAAUCCCUUGAACCAUCUAGAGGGUUAUUUGAGUGUUCAUGGUUCUACACAGAACCAUUUUCUUUACUAAAAAAUCCUUAAAGAACCAUCUUUUUUAAGAGCGUGUGUCAGGAUCCAGUCCUCGCGGGCCAGAACUCUGCAGACUUCAGCUCACUGCCUCAUUAAACAGACCCUAAUCAGCUAAACAGCUAAACAGCAAGGCCUUCACGAACUGAAUUCAGAGAAGUGGACAAGGGUAAACGCUGAUCUCCGCAGCACUUUGGCCUUGAAGGUCCCCAGUUUGACAAGAACAAGAACACAGAGACGUAUAAUGUGAUUCAAAAAUUCAAUUUUUUAAAGGCACAUUUUAAUUUGACCUGGAAAAUUUUACUAGUUUGUUUUGCGUUGCUUGGUACCGCUGAUCACUGUCAACAUAAGUUUUGUAAUGCCUUAUUGUUGAUUCUAUGCUCAAUAAAAAUAAUAGUAAUAAAAAGCACAACCAUAUGACA